GUAGUACGCUUCACACGUUCUCGGUCUUAUCCUCCAGCGGUAGCGACAGUUUUUAGUGCCCCAGUGCAAACGGUCAUCUGGCCGUGCGUUUUCUUCUUACUUGCGGGGAGUUGAAAGUUAGAGACGCGCGCGCUAUUUCGAGCGACCGUUCCUUUUCGGUGUUGCAAGUGCAAGUGCAAGUGUGUCUUCGGCGGUGUUUAGUACAGCUGUUACAACUGUGGAAUGAAGGAUUACACGGACGUGUGCAUGAAACAGUUUCCGUUUUACGCACGCCGCUGAACAGUUGCAAUCGCUGAGGGGAUUUGUGUCCGGAUUUGCAUACUGUGCUGCAGUACAGUGCAGUGUCUGUGUGCGUGUGUAUCUGGAAAUGUGCAUCUAGAGCAGUGUGAUACCAAAUGCUUGGGUCGUUCUUCUUAAGUUUUUUUUUCGUCAUGGUGCUCAAUAUAUAGACCCCCCGGAUAGAUAUGAAAUGAAAUGCAAUUGCAGACUAAGGACAUUAUGCAGAUAUUAAGUGUGUCGCGUGGCAUAUAUAGGACUUGCAGAACAACCCGUGACUGAUACGACGGAAAUAGUAACUUAUUUUUGUCAAACAAGAAUUACUGGAGCAAUGCGGAUCAGCACGUCUGGCAAUGUGAUUGCAGUGAAGAUGCAGAAAAAUAAUAUUAGGUGAAACGAUUAUUUUUGUACCGCAAUGGUGAAGUGAACAGCCACAUACAAUUCGACACCCGUUAUAGGUACGUGAAAUAAAUAUAAAAAACUUUCUUCAUAUUAUCGAUACCGGUAGUGUUAGUUGCUAGAAUCGAGCCAGUUAAGCGACAAAAGCACGUAAGGGACACGUGUAAUGUUCCGAUGGUGCAGUGAAACAGCUUGACGGUUCGCUAACGUUACACACAUAUAGGAACAGAGGGUUGGUUCGAUCCUGGUGAAGCACCAUUCAUGCGAGCGAUUGUGCGGAUAGUGAUGUGAUGACUCCUCGAUGGUGUUGGAAGAGUGUUAAUGUGAUGGCAAUGAUGAAUCAUUAAUGCUUUUAUGACGAUGUCAUAUGACUUUCGAUUGGCGGUCACUGCCGUGACGGUGAAGAGCAUUGCUCUCUGUGUCUGUCAGUGUUUCUGUGAUGCCGGUGGGAAUUGCAAUUUUCAUUUGCUGUAAACAAUCUGUGGCCCAAGUCGUGCCGUAGUGUGCUGUGGGUGGCGCUUUCGCCGUUUGUCUUCGGUCGCUGUCAGAUUCAGCAGACAGUUGGGUUGGACACCUAGAACAGCUGUCAUAAGCCAUCCCCGUACAUCCGAACGGCAAUUAGAAAAGUUUAUCGUCGGCCCCAGGAAGUCAAUCAACAAGUGAUAAUCAACGUCAACUGGUGUCGGCUGGUGAAGGGUGGCAUCCGGGGACAAAAUGCGCGCCAGCAAGCUGAGCCAGCAGUUGUAUAGCGACCCGGUCGAGAUGUGGCUUUGGUCAGCGACAAAACCAAUUAAUUACUUCAAAUUUGCCAAUCAGGCUGCUAGCGAUAACCGAGCCGGUCACGGUUUCUACCCUCGGAGGCUGAACCUAACGUCGGCGGUCGGGACCGUGCUGGGUGAAGUCGUUACUAACGGCAAUGGCGAUGGCGAGGAGGAGAGCAGUGCGGAUCAUUUGAUGACCUUAAACAACUAUUGGGCGUUGCUUGCCAUUGUGCUUGUGUUCGGUACGGCCGCCGGGAACAUUCUAGUGUGUCUAGCGAUCGUAUGGGAACGACGACUGCAGAAUGUCACUAACUAUUUUCUGAUGUCGCUGGCUAUUACCGAUCUUAUGGUGGCACUAUCGGUGAUGCCACUGGGAAUCCUGACACUUGUUAGAGGAUACUUCCCGUUGCAGUCCGAGUACUGUCUGGUGUGGAUCUGCCUGGAUGUGCUGUUCUGUACUGCGAGCAUAAUGCAUCUGUGCACAAUUUCCGUCGAUCGAUAUCUGUCCUUACGCUAUCCGAUGCGCUUCGGACGGAACAAGACGCGGAAGCGGGUGGUGCUGAAGAUAAGCUUUGUGUGGCUCCUAUCGAUCGCAAUGAGCUUGCCUUUGAGCUUAAUGUACUCGAAGAAUCAUGCUUCCGUGCUGGUGGAGGGAACGUGUCAGAUCCCGGACCCGGUCUACAAGCUGGUCGGUUCGAUAGUGUGCUUCUACAUACCGCUCUGCGUGAUGCUAAUUACGUACACCCUGACCGUACGCCUUCUGGCACAGCAAAGUCAGAAUCUGGGUGGUGGUCCCGCAUCCGGUGGCUGGUCCAGCGGUUGGCUCGGUCAAACUCCAGCCCUGGAUCGACGGAACACUUGGAAGCGCAUCAUCAAACUGAGCCUACCGUCAACGCCCAACCAUGCCCACUCGGCAGCGUCGACCGACACGGAACUAUCAACCCUGGACAAUCACGAUUUGUGGCUGCUGGAAUCGAGCAUUCCGGAACCGACUCCUUCUACCAUGACGGCGCUGCACCAGUUCGGCGAGGAGAUGCUCAAACUAUCGCGUGGGUUAGAAUCGGUUACCAGUGGGUGCCGCAACGCCAGCGGAACCACUCCGAGUCUGGUGGCAAAAACUGUCGACGCUGCCAGUGGCUCAAUGGCGGGACAAAGUGCACCAGCGGCCGCAAACGACGGAAACGGGUUCGACGGGGGCGGUGGAUCGACUGCCGAUGCCAAAAACUCUUCGGCUAGGAAGAAGCUACCACUGGCAGCACCAUCCAAGCCGCCGCAGCUGACGAAACGCCGUAGCUCGACAACGGCCUGGAUCAACCGUCGCAAUUCGGCCACCCCGCUGUCGUCUGUCGUGCGGAAGCGUUUCCGUAGUCUUCCGUUUGCGGUUUCGCCUCCGGACGGGACCGGUCCCGAAAUAACGGUGAAUGAUCUGCUCAGGCAGGAAGCGGACCGCCGCUGCCGGGAGGAGGCCUUGACAAGAAAAAACACUCAAGAAGAGGACACGCCUCAGGCAACUAGCGAGAAUGAUGACAUCAGCAGCAGAAGUUAUAGCGAAACGAGUGAUGGGGUUUCCGUGAAUCCGCUCCGGUUGCCUCCUCCCUGCAAGUGUCCCUAUUUUGGCGAGGCCGGAAACAAGCUUAAAUGCGAAGGUAUACGACCAGCCGAGAUAAAAAUAGUUAAAACAAGUUCAAAUUAUAGUUCAAUUUCCAAUCUGGAAACGCAAAUCAACAGCAAUAUAUCGAUUUCGUCCCAACCGACGCGAUCCACAUCUAGCAGUUUGUCGACUUUACCGGCAUUUUCGCUGGUGUCGCCAAACAGGAAGUACAACAAUCUUAAAAGUGUAUCCGUGGUAACUUGGGAUUCUCGUAGACAUCAAAGGCGGGGAUCCAGCUUUGGAGGUGCUCGGACCUCAUUGCUGCUAACUCCAACCAAACCGAGUACAUCCAGUACCACCUCGCUGCGUCGUUCUGCAACACUGAGACAUCAGAAUGAAGGUACGCCAUCAAUCGUGAUCACCGGUGGUGAUAUGCAAAAGAGUCAAAGAAACACAUCUUCACCGUGUUUAAUUCAGCGACAAACAACAAUUCGGUCGCAUCAUUCGCGUAAUUCCAGUGUCAUUUCACGAAAUUCGUCACGACAUGGUCGAAUCAUACGUCUGGAGCAGAAGGCUACCAAAGUGCUGGGAGUGGUCUUCUUCACGUUCGUCGUACUUUGGGCACCGUUUUUCGUGCUAAACUUGCUGCCCAGCCUGUGCAAAGAGUGCGAGGAAAGCGUCAAUCACUGGGUGUUCGAGUUUGUCACUUGGCUCGGGUACGCCAGCAGUAUGGUCAAUCCAAUCUUCUACACCAUUUUCAACAAGGCGUUCCGAGAUGCCUUCAAAAAGGUGCUGCUCUGUCGGUACGGCAGCUCAAAGCCAGCCUGGCAACCCUGUAGCUAGCAUACGAUUGUGGGCCGCCCGGUUGCCAAUGAACCGGUUUAACGGUGCAAUUUUUGGUUUUUCUCGACAUUACCAACUAGAGGCAGCGUCUUGCUAAAAGGUGUUUUAUUUUCUACACACAAACCGUAGAUGGUAACUUUAAUAAGAUGGGCAAAAAUAAAAUUAAAGAAAUUCAUGUUUCUAAGAAAAUAUAUGUUUGUACUGGCGGUAGAA